UGAAGUGAAACAAGCGCAAACUUCUCUGCUGCAAUUCCAAACACAAUGAAGGGAAUGCUACUUUACAAUAUAUACAGAACGCUGACCUACAGUGUAUCGCCCUUGGUGUACCUUCACCUCCGAUGGCGAAAAUUCCGAGGCCUCGGGCACCCUCGCCGUUGGCCAGAGCGUUUGGGCCAUCCAUCUGUGGCUCGCCCCACGGGCCCGCUCCUCUGGUUCCACGCAGUCUCUUUAGGUGAAGGAAUGGCUGCCAUUCCUGUAAUUAAACAUUGCCAUCGGUUAAGGCCUGAUUUAACCAUUCUGAUGACUACUGCUACAUACUCUGCUUUUGAAGUGAUAAAAAGUCGACUUCCAAGUGGUGUCAUAUAUCAGUUUUGUCCCCUUGAUACUCCCGCUGCUAUAGAUGCUUUCCUUGGCUAUUGGAAGCCAAAUGCAAUCAUUAUAAUUGAGAGUGAGCUGUGGCCUAAUCUUAUUAUGGGUGCUUCAAAACAUGGUAUAGCAUUAGCUUUGUUAAAUGCUCGUGUGUCUACUAAAUCUUUAAUACAGUGGUCCCGACCAUUGCUUCUUCCACUGAUAUCAUUGUUACUGUCAAAAUUUUCCUUGAUUGUACCUUUGAGCACCUCACAGGCAAUCUGUUUUCAGCUACUGCAAGCCCCACCUUCAAUCAUAAACUUUUCUGGUGACUUGAAAUAUGCAGUACAUGAAUAUGAUGAUUCUGAGGAAUAUAUGGGAAGUAUAGAAGAUCUGAAGGGAUUGCUUGACAACAGGCAGGUUUGGAUGGCUUCUUCCAUACAUAGGGGCGAAGAAAAAGUAAUGUUAGAAGUUCACAAAGGGCUCGUGAGAAUGAUCCCCAAUAUAGUCACUAUUAUUGUACCUCGACAUCCCCAACAUGGAAAAGAGAUUGCUCAUGAAUUGCAGAAAGAAGGGCAAAUUGUAGCUUUGAGAUCUCGACAUGAAAUGCUAACACCAAGAACAAAUGUAUAUGUGGUGGACACAUUAGGUGAAUUGAGACAAUUGUAUAGAAUAACUCCAAUAGCUGUUAUUGGAGGUUCUUUCUUGCCCAGUUUAGCUGGCCAUAACAUAUCAGAAGCUGCUGCUGCUGGCUGUGCUGUUUUGACUGGUCACCACAUCGGACAUUACUCAAACAUGGUGUUGGAAAUGCAAAGGGUAAACCCUAUGUCAGUUUUUCAGGUGUCUGGAAAACUAGAACUUGAAGAAGCUCUCAAGGAGCUCUUUAGUGAUGCCAGACUAUUGGAAGCACGACGAGUGGCUGCAAAACAAGCAUUCUGUGCUCUAUCAAGUGGCAUUAUUGCCAAUGUUUGGAAUCUUCUAAACUUUCACAUUUUUAGGCAGGCUUUGGACUAGAAAUACACGAAGACUUUCCCGCAACAUCAAUAAAACUGGUUAGUGAAGUUGCAAAGUUGCAGCUGCACUUCAUAAUAUAUGGUAUUAUAUAGCUCAAGGUCAUAUAAGCCAGUAACUUCAUCCUGGGACAAAUUUUGAUAGCAGCUCUACCUCUAGCUC